GCGAUGCUGAGGCGGCUGCUUCCACAAGGCGCCCGUAUGGGUCGUCGAUUCUUCAGCGCAAGUGCUGCAGCAAUGGAUGUGUUGCCCAAGACUGUUCACGGUGUCUCCGGACGCUAUGCCGGUGCCCUCUGGCUUUCAGCAGCCAAGAUGGAGAAGUUGCCAACGGUGGAGUCCAGCCUGGAUAUAUUGAGGCAGUGCUAUGAAAAAGACGAGACCUUCCGGCUCUUCAUCAAGGACCCCUCUCUGCCCCGCGAUGAGAAGAAGCAGACCAUGAUGAGUAUCGCGGACCAGGCCGACCCACUCGUGCAGGAUUUCUUUGGUCUUCUCUGCGACACCGGAAGGAUGAACGAGCUUCCUCGGAUUUUCGAAGACUUCGCUGUCCUGAUGCGAGCUCACCGCAACGAGAUUCCAGUGACAGUCACGACCGCGAGGAAUCUCGAAACUGACGAGAAGGAGCUGGUGGAUGAAAAGCUCGAAGAGAUGAAGGAUCCGGAUGAGAGGUAUCUUGUGGACAUGCAGGUCGACCCCUCGAUCAUCGGCGGCGUCAAGAUCCAGGUUGGCGAGAUCCUGAUCGAUGCUAGUGUCAGCACCGCCAUCAAGGAUAUUGAGAAGGUCCUCUCAGGUGAAUUCCAGAUGCAGGCGGAGGAGGACGAGGAGUUUGAGGAGGAAGAGGGGGAAGUUGAGGAGCAGGCCUAGAUUACUAAGUGUCGUCAUGUCGGCCAUGGACAUCAUUGCAAGAAUCAGAUUAUCAGUGUAGUGGAGAGAGACUGAGAGAAGUACGUUUACGAUGACCAAGUACAAAUGACAUCAUGAC